GAAUAAAUAUUAUACGUCACUUUUUUGGGAGGCUAUGGAGUAUAGCGGCUGAUUGUGUUUUUCUAAAUAAAUUGAAAAGUACUGAUUAAUUCGUAGUUUUAGCUUAGCAAGCGUAGUUUUUAACUAAUAAAGUGUGAAAAGAAGAUGUCAUAUUCAAACAAGUAUACUUUUGCGGCGCUGCCGAGAACAGCGCGCGGGACGCCCCUGGUUUUGGGCGGAGAUCCGAAGGGCCGGACUUUCCUGUACACGAAUGGAAAUUCUGUCAUCAUCAGGGAUAUUGAAAACCCGGCGAUCGCUGAUGUCUACACGGAGCACUCCUGCCAAGUGAACGUCGCCAAAUAUUCGCCCAGCGGUUUCUACAUCGCCUCUGGAGAUGCGUCGGGCAAGGUGCGAAUCUGGGACACUGUAAAUAAAGAGCAUAUCCUGAAGAAUGAGUUCCAGCCCAUCGGAGGUCCGAUUAAGGACAUCGCGUGGAGCGCCGACAACCAGCGCAUGGUGGUCGUUGGCGAAGGCCGGGAAAGAUUCGGCCACGUUUUCAUGUCGGAGACUGGUACGUCGGUGGGAGAGAUCAGCGGACAGUCAAAGCCGAUCAAUUCCGUGGACUUCCGUCCCGCGCGUCCUUUCCGCAUCGUCACUGCUUCCGAAGACAACACCCUCGCCGUCUUCGAGGGGCCUCCCUUCAAGUUCAAGUGUACCAAGCAGGAGCACACUCGAUUCGCGCAAGCUGUGCGAUACAGUCCCGACGGUAGCCUAUUCGCGUCUGCCGGCUUCGAUGGCAAGAUAUUCCUGUUCGAUGGAGCUACUUCCGAACUCAAGGGAGAGAUUGGCUCUCCGGCGCACAAGGGCGGUGUAUACGGCAUCUCGUGGUCUCCUGACGGCAAGCAGCUGCUGUCCUGCUCUGGCGACAAGACCUGCGCCAUCUGGGACGUGGAGACCAUGCAGCGAGCCACGCUCUUCAAUAUGGGCACCGCCGUUGAGAACCAACAGGUGUCCUGUCUCUGGCAAGGCAAGCAUCUUCUCUCGGUGUCUCUGUCGGGCGUGAUCAACUACCUGGACGUUGAAAACCCUGAUAAGCCGUGGCAGAUCCUCAUGGGGCACAACAAGCCUAUAACCUGCCUAGAACCGACGCCGGACCGCAAGUCUGUCUACACCGCCAGCCACGACGGCUGUGUUACCUCGUGGAGUGUCGAGACUGGCGAAGGUCGUCACAUCGUAGGCCAGGGCCACGGCAACCAGGUGAACAGCAUGCGAGUUGCCAAGGACGGCUCGCUCUUGACCUGUGGUAUUGACGAUACUUUACGUCACGCCAAGCCGCAGACUGAAGGUGAUGUGCCGGUAUACACGGAGGAUGCGGUGCCGCUGGGCUCGCAGCCGCGCGCUAUGGACCACAUCCUAGACGACGACACCACCAUCAUCGCCACCGUCAAAGAGUUGGUGGUGGUGAUCGGCGGCAGCAAGCAGUCGGCGAUGCCAAUCAAGUUCGAGCCAACGUGUGUGGCCAUCGACACUAAGUCGAGGCACGUCGCUGUCGGAGGUGCUGAUAACAAGGUCCACUUGUACACUUUGGACGUGCGCACGCUCACCCCGAGCAUGGAGUUGGAUCACCUCGGAGCGGUGACAGACGUCCGCUUCAGUCCCGACAGCAAAUACCUGGUCGCCAGCGACUCCAACAGGAAACUUAUACUGUACAGUACUGACGACUACAAGCUGGCGCAUAAUAAAGAGUGGGGCUUCCACACGGCCCGCGUCAACUGCUGCGCGUGGAGCCCCGACUCGAAGCGCAUCGCGUCCGGAUCGCUCGACACCUCCAUCAUCAUCUGGAGCGUCGACGCGCCCAACAAGCACACCAUCAUAAAGAAUGCGCACCCGCAGAGCCAGAUCACUGGGUUGGCGUGGCUGGACGACGAGACCGUGGUCUCCGCGGGCCAGGACGCUAACACCCGCAUAUGGACAGUGCCCAAGGCCUAAACCGCCCAACCGCCCGCCGCUUUUUGACGGAAAUAUUCACUCUGCACCCACAAAAACUUUUAACACAAGAUCUAGUCUGAAAAUUAUUUACAUCGCCAGGUCGGUAAGUUAAGUCUACCCGAUUGUUGUUGCGUAUGGCAAAAAAAAAACCUGCGUGGAUCAUAUGCCGAGUUUAAGUUCUCUCAAUCAAGUCUCUGCCGCCUCCGUCACACGAUGCAGCUCGGUUAUGCCACCUGGGAACCGGUGUAGAGGGCAUCCGUUAAACAAUGUCUAAAAUUUACACGACAAACAUCGCACAGGCUUUGCAUGAAAACUGCUAUCUACAUGGAUAGAUGUCGUACGGCUAUUGGCCAAAGGCAAAGUCGAUGUAAUGCGCGCCGCGGAGCAGUUACCGUGCCGCGGGCAGGUGGGUUAUAGGGCUUUUACCUAAGCACCAGUUUAAAAACCGGGUAGAUUGACCCAAGCAUAGAAGGGAGUGAUGUAAAAAAAAACCAGCCUUAUGUUCCAGAUGAUUUAUACAGUGUCGGAGGCACAUUUUCCCCCAGUCAUGACCAUAUAAGCCAAUGCGACAAGGUUAUCACAAGCUCUGCACAUGUAGUCAGUCGCAGAAGGUCCCGUAUCAUUUACAUAUAAUAUAAACUCACGCCUAUUUCCCACCAUGAUAAGCAGAGACAGGAAUUGAAUUUGCUUCGAACCUGACAUACUUUCUUCCUCCACGUUCGUAAUAUUUUACAAAAUAUACUUAUAUGAAACUCUACGCUGUGUUCAUUAAAAUGGGACAAAGUAGGAGUUAUAGUGCGACGUAUAAAGUUCGCCCGUAGUGAUUACCUUGAAAAUCAGUAUAACUCAGCAGAUAUUAAAUGUCAUGAGCAACCCAACAGUGCAAUUUACAUACACAUUUUAUAUAUUCGGAUCAGAUAUAAUGAAUUAUUAGUCGUUAUAAGUGUCAAGAGGAAUAUUUCCACAAAAAGCUAGUAUUUCGAUGAUUUAUUAUUGUUAGCUUCUUAUACGAAAGAUAAAAUACUAACAUAUUUAUUUCGCUUGUAAUUUUAAGUUUAAUGUAUUUAAUGCUCAGUUGGAUGACUGUUCCUAAACUAACAUUCAAAAACGUUUUUGUUUGCUACAUGAAUUUUUGGGACUGACUUCUUGACUGAUUUGAGAUGUUAUAAAUGAUCUCGAACUUAGUGUUAAAAUUCUACCAAAAAAACGCUAAUUGUCACUGGAAUUUUUAUGUGAGUAGGAUACUUGUGUACUGAAAUAUUUAAUAUCGACGUUGGAUGUCUAUUUAAGGUAUUUAUUAAUAUAGAUAGGGUCCUUUCGUCUCGGUCAGUCCUGCGUGGUUAUUUAUUUACGUAGCAAAUGUGUGGUUCUAUAACUACCGAUCUAAAAGAUCUUGUUUUCAUUUACAUAAUUGUCAAUUGUCAACUAACGUAGUGUGAAAUGCAUUUAUGCCCUUCUUCGUUGUAAGGAUAACUCUUUUUGUAUAACAGUAUUUUUAUACUAAUUUCUGAUAUAUUUUUCUUGUUUUUUUUUUUUACGUGAUUUCUAAUACUAAAAUGAAGUAUGUAAGAGGAUAAAAUAAAAUUGUAUACACUUGUA